UUCUCUCUCUCUCUCUCUCUUUCUCUCUUUCUUCCCUGGUGAAGACUUCUCUUUCCUUCUUUCUCUGCAUUUCCUCAGGUCGAGCGUGCUUGGCCGUCCUUUCCUUUCUUUUACGUCCUUGCCACUGGUAUUCUGGCAAGAGUGACGCUCGCUGGUUCGAAGAGCAGCCGAUUCGUUCCUUAGACGUCGACUGUGUCGACUGCAUUCGUUCUUCUGCCAGACAGAAUACCAGACACUGUCUUCUUUCAGUCCUAUUCGAUUGUUCAGUCAAUCUGCAGACAUGUUCCUCAGAUCUUCGUUCAGAUAUUUACUUCUGGCUGCCGCAGUCACCUCUGCCGUCGCUCAGUCUGGGUCUAAGCACGUCUUUGCACACUUCAUUGUGA